GAGAAUCGAUUCGUUACGCGAAUUAAUGAGUCGAUUACUACUUUAUAAAAUUAGAAAUUAAUUAGUUUUCAUUCAAUAAAAAUCAAAGCAAUAUUUUAUUCAUUAUAAGUAAUUCAUAUUAAUUUGAAUAUUAAAGGUAGAAAUAAUGUGUCCGAAUGUAAAUUUUCAAGUCACGUUUUUAAUACUAUUAAUAGAGCAACAUUAAAAUUGUCUGUGGCUAACAGGAGCCAUUUUUCUGAAAAAAGUGGUGAUACAUGUCAAAUAUUUCAACUAACUCAACUUUUCAAGGCUAUAGUGUGAUGAUUUCGAUUCCCACAAACGUGAUAACGAUUGCAACAAAUAAUCAGUUUUAGCGGCCCAUUGUUCCCGUUAGUUUCCUGUUGGAUGUGAGAUACUUUGUCCGCGGGCGGCAUUUCACAUUGCUGCCGGAGUCGUCGGUAACAACAAAGACACACGGUCCGCGAUGGGUUAUUACUGCACGGUGCCUCAGUGCACCUCGCUGGCCGGGAAGACCAAGAACGUGAAAUUCCACCGGUUCCCCCGCGAUGAGUCCAUGGCAGACAAAUGGAACGUGAUUUUGAAACGCGGGAAGCCUUACACGAAAUACUCGAAAGUUUGCAGCCUGCACUUCACUCAGAAUGACUACAACGUCACAAACAUGGGUCAAUGGAAGACGCUAAGCAAAGACGCCGUGCCCUCCCAGAACCUUCCCAAGCUGAACCCCGACGGAACCGUCAUGGUGAUCCGCAAGAGCCGCACACUCAAGUACAAGGAGAGCAGGAAAGACGAGCCUAUUGACAAGACAGAGAAAUGGUCUCCCCUCGGUAUGAGCCACGCGCCUUCUGCGGCCCUGCCCGAAACACCCCUGGAACCUGAUAGCAGCUUGGCCUACCGCCUCCAAACUCUCCACGCCCUCGCCAACGGCGUGUCCCCCCUCUCCCCGCCCCCCUCCCACUCCACACCCACUCUCCCGCCCAAGCCGAGGAAGCAGGACGCCUUCAUGCAGACAGACCCCGUGCAAGAAGAGGACGAGGAUAACAACCAGCCCAACAAUAGCUACAGUGAGACUUCCGACUCUUACCACUCGCAGUCUGAACAGAUAGCCGAAUAUCCAAUACAAUACAAAGAACCAGAAAAACAGUACGAGCCAAAACCUUACGAAUCAAAAUCCUAUGACGCAAAAUCCUAUGACGCAAAAUCCUACGACGCAAAAACCUACGACGCAAAAUCUUACGACCCUCCAAAAGAUUAUACGAAACAGAGCGACGACUAUAUACCGCAGACCGACGAGGAAUACAAUAAGGAGGCGGAGAAAUACGCACUGGGCCAGAAAUCCCUCAACGGAUACGACAAGGAGCAGUACCAAAAGAGCCUGGACUACCAGAAGAUGGGCCAGCUGUACGCGCUCAGCGACAAACACGAGUUCAGGAGCUACUACCCCAAUGGAUAUACAGACAGUGCGGAGAUACUCCGGAACCAGCAAGCGAACCUCCAAAUACUCCAACAGCAGCACCGGGUGACGGAGAACCAGAAUUUCUUCACCGAAGGCAUCAAGCAAGAGGUGGACCUCAGCGGAGAAGACAUGUAUGACCGUAGCAAGGAGAUGGCUGAGAGAGAUGCGGGCAUGUACGACUCACAGCGACGUCUGGCGCAGCAACGCUCUUUGGAGCUGAGCGGAGCGCCGCAAGUCAAGCAGGAGCCCGAAGGCUGUGAAAAUGUGAUGCAACCGCAGGGGAGUCCCUACGGUUACUCCAAUGGACUCAACGGUGUACAGGGAUAUUAUGAGCAGCUGUCGCGGCCGGGGCCAGAGAUGCUGAUCGCGAAGCAAAAUGCUCUCGCGGCGCACACGCAGCUCUGGCAAAAUACAAUGAAGAGACCGUUCUUCUAUAGCGAAAGCCCACACUACAACGGCCCGCCCUUACUGCAUAGAUACGAGGAUAUACCAAGAAUCCUUCAGUGAGUAACAUUCCAAAGUGGCGGUGAAUAAUAAAUAUAUUAUAAUAUAAAGUUAAUAAUAAUUGUAAAAUGUUCCCUUAAAGACGAUAAUCUCUCGGUUUUUCUUUUGUAAUAAUAUAUUUUUUAUCGUGUUGAAAAAAAACUUGGCUACAGUCCUUUAUGUAUCAAAUACUUUUAAGUACAUUUUUAUUUUGCAUGCGUAAAGUUUUAGAAUAGACCCAAUUUCAUAAAUUUGACAAUUGUCAUCUGACUAUGAUAAUUUGACGAACAUUUUUUGCCAAAUUGUCAUUGUCAUUUAGCGAUUUGCCAGAUUGACAAAGGUAAAAAUUUGACAGAAUUUGAUCUCGUCAAAUCGUCUCGUCUAUAAUUUCUAAAAUUAUCUUAAAGGACCCAAAAAUUAUCAGUUCGAACUGGUAAUCUGUAGACCCCUUAAGAGUGUUGAUGUUAUAUGAAACUCAGUCAUACUAUUCUCAAUGAAAAAUACUAAAUGAAUUACCAGAAUUAUUAACUUGAUUGCAAUAAAGGACUGUAGAGCCAAAAGUCUCUAAGCAAUCUAAAGUAAAAGUUGAAAUUUGUACAAAUUACAAUAAAAAUAAUGGCAUACUUCGCUUAUCUAUCAGUAUAAAGCUACGUACAAUAACUACAGAAUAAUGAAGAAUAUAAUUUUUGCAAUGGGAUACAGUCAUGAACAUACUUAAAAUGAGGAUUAAAUUAUAAGAACUCGAUUUAAAUAUAAGGCGGUACGGCUUAAUAAUUGUUAAAAUUCAUAUUGUAAAAGUCGAAUACGUUCUAAUUUUCAUAUGAAUAUAACAAUGCUGAAAUUAACCCUUAAAUGACAAUUAUAGAAACUGAAAACGAAAAAGUUCUUGAAAUUUGUAAGAAAACUGACUUAUUUUAUCAAUUUCACAUUUACAAUGUAAACCAAAAUUAAAAUUUUAAACAAAAACGGUAACAGUUAAAUUGUCAGGUGACAAACGAACCUUCUGAAGUGUCAGAUGACAAUUGUCAAGUUGGCAAAAUAAAGGUCGGUUUUUACGUAUGACUGAUGUUUUUUCAUCGGAUAAGAUUAAGUUUUUUUUUUCUGAAACUGCAGCAAUUUUUUUACCAAAUUGACUCAAAUUAUCUGUGUGAUAAACUUUCUAUUUGAUUUAAUCAAAUUAUAUUUUUCUUCAAAUCAAAUUAUUCAGAGACAUGUAUAUUAUUUUGUUUGUUAUCAUUUUUUUAUAUUAUGUUUGAUAUAUUUUUUAAAAAUAAAGUAUAUUUAUGUAACGCUAUAAUAGUUUAGUUAUAAUAUUAUAGUUACCAAUAAGUCAAUGGAUAUGCCAUUAUGUAAAAGUCAUUUAUACUUAACUGGGAUACCGUAUACUUUUAGGUAUGGUUGAAUGGAUUGAGAAAAAUAUGGCCUCUUGUCAUAUUCGCAAAAUUACUUAUUCACCACUCACUUCAAUAAGAUUGUUUCAUUUCAUUAUGAAAUUGCUAAAUUUAAUACAACACAAAUUUAGUACAGCGUGGCAAAAAAAAAUUUAUAACAGCAACACUUACUGUUCUCCGACAAAAGUGACUCAAUAGUUGCCAUAUCGUCACUACUUUGAAAAAAUCUCGUAUCUCACUCUGCUUCUCAAAGUUAAAACGCAGUAAGUCUAUAUGCAUUCCAUACCUACUUACUACAAUUUUCUUUUCAUUGACAGACGAAGAUACAAGUGUUUUUUAAAGUAGUGACGAUAUGCAAAGCAUUUUGCAAUUUGCAUAGACAGUGGCGCCCCUAUGAAUUUCUACUCUUUCUAGCCUGGCAGUAUAUAUUACCUUUAGAGUUAAUUUUUUAGACAAGAGGUCAUGUUAUAACGAUUAUGGUUGAUAUCAUAAAACAUGAAAGAUAUUUACAGAGACAAUAUAACUGACUGAUUUACAAGGAGUUUAGCCAAGAUGACAAUGAGGAGGCAUACUGACAAUUUAUCCCACCAGGCGGCGCCUGUGCAAGUGCCUAGUCACUGCAUAUCAUCUCGCUCUCACGUAUGAAAUUCUUUAUCUGUGCAACGGACUAAUAGGGUGGCGCCAUCUGUGUCAUUGCUAUUGAGAACGUCAUUUGAAAUUUAUUAUGAAAGGAAAUCAUCACGUGACUUCUCAUAAUAUCUACCGUUCCGAUACCUUCUAUUUCUCCUUUGGACGUUCGUUUAUGUAUCAUUGUCACCUAGAGUUUGUUGAUAUUUACAGAGGUGACAAUGACAAUUCUGACAAUUACAAACUAACACAAUGGUGGUUAUUGUCAUCUUUGCAAAUAUUUAUUGUCACCCUUAUAAACUGUCAUAGUUGCAAAAUUGUCAGUUAUGCUGUAUUUGUAUUACAGUCCGCAUCAAUAUAAAAUAACGACUACUGUUUAUUUAGUCACCAGCAAUCUAUGAGUGAAUCUAUAGGCUAAGCAUCUUUUACUAUGGUACCAACCUCGAAAUCACGACAAAAAAUCUAUUUCAUACAUUUUGCCUGUCUGGCACUUUGUAUGAGAGUAAAUUUUUCGCUAUUUCUACGUUUGUUCCGUAGUAAAAGUUAGUCUCAUUAUGACCUUUUUCACCCCAUAAGUUAAUUCAGAUGUCCAAAUAAACACCCUGAUAUGUGGCUUUCUCAGUAAAAAGGUACCACAUUGUAACUACGCAUAAGGAUUAUCUAACAAGUUAUUUGUUAAAAUACGACCAGGGGGCCGAUUUUUGAGUCUCAGGCACUGGUCCCACUGCGAGCUAGUAAGCUAUGAGCUAUCGGCUAUAAA